AUGAAUGCUAUUAUGCAGAGGGCCAACUGCGACUUCGUUUACGUGUUCGGCGACGUACACGGUGCCUUCGAGGAUUUACUACGCGUGCUGCACACGCUGCCGGACGGUCACAAGAUUUCCGAUUUCCCGGGACGCAUAGUGUUUUUGGGCGACUACCUCGAUCGCGCGACGACGCUGGGCGAUAGCUUUUCAACCUUGUUCUACCUGUUGUGGCUGGAGGCGACGUAUCCGGACAAAAUUACGCUGUUGCUUGGAAAUCAUGAGGACUUCAGCUACUUCACGGACCCUGGAAGCGUCAUGAAUACUGCGUCGCCGCAGGAGCACAACGCAUUUAGGUUCAGCAAAAGGGGCGCUCGGGUCGUCCCAGCGCACCAAAAGAAAAUACUUGCGGAACCUCGUUGCGAAAUUCAUUGACACCGAAUUGGGCGGACGCCGUGGUCAAGCAUUGUUGUAGCAAUACUAGCGCACCACAGACGUCGGCGUCCAGGAAGCUCAUUCAUCUUUUACGCAUUCGGAAUGACAAUGAUCAUGCACGAAUAGACAUUCGAAGGCCAGAGUCGUGAAGGUAGCACUCGUUCUACUACAUGCAGCGCUUCGGAUGCGGUUGUUCCAAGAUCAGGUGUAUAGAAAAAAAACUCUCAGAAGUAUCUAUUACGUUGAAGUAUUUCUUUUGCGUGUGCUGCGGGCCUCGGGGCUGCAAGGAUUUUUGUGUGCGAUAACCCUUUUUGGGCACUUUGUUACAUUUGAUGCGGUUAAGACCCUGCUGGACCCAUUCUUCGCGACAGCACCCCUUGGGGCCGUAGCGUACGACGAAGCUUUCAUUGUGCACGCGGGUAUUCUUGGGCGGUUAAAGCCGAUUGAGGAGCUACGAAGUGUUUCUCGUCCGGGCUUUAUAUGGAGUGCAAGAAUUGUGUAUUAUUCGUGCGUCCUGUCGUUCAGGAUCAAGACCGAUCAGGAUCUGAAGGAGACGUACGCGAGCAUUGGAAUUGGCAUGAUCGGGCACUGAGCGCCAGCGUCGAGUUAAGGAAAGUGCAUGCAUGUACAGAUACAAGUACUCGUCUACGUCUGCGAACGAUACUAGCGACGCCACGUCAUAGUUUGUGCCACUCCAUAGUAAAACACUGGCACUUCUGCGGGUACUACGGGGUAUACGGAUCAAGAGCGGGCGAAAAGCAUGGGCACGAAAGUUUUCCAGACUGUGCCGGGACAUGGCGGACCGCCCCCGAAGUGUAGUUCCGACGCUGCCUUACUGUGGGCGGUAUCGAUCUUAUCUCAAUCUGUAUGACCAGAUACAACAGGAUUAGUAUGAUAUACAUUGAUGUUUUUCGUUGGCGCUGUAUUUUGUUUUUGUCUUUCUUUUUCUGCUGUAUUGAUAGAACGCGAUAAGUACUGCGCAGCGCAGUUUUGCGAAUGAAGCUUUGUUCCCGAAGUGUCUCCAUCACAGCGUCGCUGAUCUUUUUCUCAUAGAAAAAUACAGCGCACCUGCUUCCGCAUAGAUGUGGGUGACAGACGCAGGCGGAUUCGAAUUUCGAAGUCUUCGUCAUCUGUAUGUAUCCUUCUAGGUGCGCGAUUCUUUCUUUAUCUUUUACAGGACCCAGCGCGGCCUGGUCACACCCAAAGUCGUUGCGGACAAGAUCAGAUGGUACCCGGCGGUCGCCCAUGGACUAUCCGGUGAGGAGACGCCCCCAACCUGUAGUCAAGAUGGUCGUAACCAUCCUCGACAAAUCCGCAAGUUUUGGGAGUCAAGCGUAAGAAAUUUGGGCCUAUGCAGGUAGACAAGUCCGCAAGUAAUUUACUUGCUUAUCCUAGUAGAUAAAUGACUUGCGAAAUUUGCACAACUAGAUGAAAGUGCCCCUCAUACAGCGAGAGCAACAUGGAAAUUGCAGGACAAAAAAUCUGGCGUGGGGGCGUUUUUGCAUCGGAUAUGGGCCGCCGAAGUAGCCAAAGAAUUCUUUUCCCUUAACGGGAUCAGGCUGCUGCUUCGUGGGCACGAGCCGGGAGAGUUUUCCGACAUGGUAAAGAGCUUGCUUAUUUGUGUAACGUCGUCGUUUGUUUCCACUUUCUUUUCCCCGGUUUGA